AUGAGCUACAUUCAACCUCCAUGGAACUACCCCGGCCAUGCGGGCCUCCCCAUGGAUCAUGCUCUCGCCUAUGACCCAACCAUGGUGCCACCGCCCAUGAUGCACCCAGUCGACGGCUACCUCUACCCACACCCUCCUAUGGAGAUGAUCGACUACUACCACCAACCCAUAAUGGACUACGACGAGUACACCGAGAAUCUAUCACGGCCCCGAUUGACCAAGGAGCAAGUCGAGAUCUUGGAGAGCCAGUUCCAGGCGCACCCUAAGCCUAGCAGCAAUACCAAGCGUCAAUUGGCUGCUCAAACUAACUUGAGUCUGCCCCGUGUUGCUAACUGGUUCCAAAAUCGACGCGCCAAGGCCAAGCAACAGAAACGCCAGGAGGAGUUUGAGAAAAUGCAGAAAGCCAAGGCAGAAGCCGAGGAAGCUGCCCGUCGCAAGGACGAGCCGUCCGAAGAACCCACGGAAUCCAGGCCAUCCUCUGUCUCCAGAGAGGAGUCCGAGCGAUCGCCCACACCGACACCGCAAACCGAAGCCCCUUCAGUCGAGGGCAGUGCCAAGGCUGAUAACCAGAAGCAUCACAAGUCAAAGAGUGAGUCUGCCCGAGAGGCAACCUUUGCGUCAUUGCAGCGAGCACUGAACGCUGCAGUCGCUGCUCGAGACCGUUUUACUCGUCGCGGCUCUCGAAGUAAACAAGAGCCUACGGAGGACGAGCCGAUAUCACCAGGCUCUAUGGCACCUCCCAAGGCCGCUGCCAGCGCACAAGAAGCCCAGGCACCCGCAAGUCGUAGUCAGUCUUUCCAAGAUUGGCCAGAAAGCAGAGACUCAGCAUGGCCGGCGUCCCACGAGCAGUCGGAGAGUCGCUCAUUUCCAAUCGGCCAAAGUAUCCCAGAGGUGCCAGGGAACGUCGGCGCGUUUUCAGGACAGUACCAGCCUGAAGAGUGGCAACAGGCCAAUGAACACGGUACUUCGCACGGCGUGGGAUGCGAUUCCAACCUCGGAUAUGCCAACAUGCAGUAUCCAAUGGGCAUGCAGACUCCCGACAUCUCAGUCACCCGCCGUGAAUCAUCCAGUGCACUGACUGCCUCUCUCGAUGGCAUUGGGAUUUGCACCCCAGGAGCCCCUGGCAUGCCGCAAGCUUCUUCGUGGAAGGAGCCCAGCAAAGAGCUUGAUCUUGCCGCCAGGCGGAAGCGCCCACGUCCCGCUGCCAUUGGCACCUCGAACCCUCGAUCAUUGGCCUCCUCGACUUCCAUGUCGGCCUUGUCCCCCACAAGCCGUAUGCCGAGUUCUGGGGCCGGCAACUCGAUGAGACAUUCCAAGUCUACCCAGAGUCUCAACUCACGCUAUGCGGGUGUGCGCAAGUCGUCGGCAAAUCAGCGAUCCCCCCUUAACUUCACUUUUGCCGAGUCCGGCUCUAUGAAGGCCAGCAAGGCUGAAAUGCUGCGGCCUUCGGUGUCAUCCUCCACCCUGGCCCCUCCUACGCCAUUGACACCACAGGAAUUCCAACACCUCCUGCCUGCUUCGCCGACCGAUAGCAACUACUGCCUGUCUGCCCAAUCUACGACCCAGUUCUUUCCUUCCUCGCAGCCGAUGCAAGUGAAUCUUGCAUCGCCUCCCUCGACGCCCCUGGAUCUCUACUCGCCCUUCGGCUACCAACAGGUUGCUCCCCCUAUGUCUGCUCCCGCCCAAGUCAGCAACUUCCAAGAAUAUGUGCCCUGCGAUCCCGUCCCCAUGACGGCCCGCAGCUGGGCAGACUCCACAGCUUUGUCUUCGCCAGACUAUCAGAGCGGGCUCCAGGUCCCGCACUCGAGCACUGUCUCCCCCCUCGGUUUCAACGCAACUCUUGAACACCCAGGCAACUUCAUGGAGCCAGUUUCUGGCUCCCCAUCUUGA